AUGUUCGUCCUGGUGGAGAUGGUGGACACCGUGCGGAUCCCGCCGUGGCAGUUUGAGAGGAAGCUCAACGACUCCAUCGCCGAGGAGCUGAAUAAGAAGUUGGCCAACAAGGUCGUGUACAACGUGGGACUCUGCAUCUGUCUGUUCGACAUCACCAAGCUGGAGGACGCCUAUGUGUUUCCUGGGGACGGUGCGUCGCACACCAAAGUCCAUUUCCGCUACGUGGUGUUCCACCCGUUCCUGGACGAGAUUCUGAUCGGGAAGAUCAAAGGCUGCAGCCCCGAGGGAGUGCACGUCUCUCUAGGGUUCUUCGACGACAUCCUCAUCCCCCCCGAGUCGCUGCAGCAGCCAGCCAAGUUCGACGACGCAGAGCAGGUGUGGGUGUGGGAGUACGAGACGGAGGAAGGGGCACACGACCUGUACAUGGACACCGGCGAGGAGAUCCGCUUCCGCGUGGUGGACGAGAGCUUUGUGGACACGUCCCCCACUGGGCCCAGCUCCGCCGAGGCGGCCUCUACCAGCGAGGAGCCCAAGAAGGAGGCCCCGUACACGCUUGUGGGAUCCAUUAGUGAGCCGGGCCUGGGCCUUCUCUCCUGGUGGACUAGCAGCUAG